CGCCCGACCCCAGCACAGACACGCACAUCACAGAGCGCACACCAAACCCUAAUCGCUCCACCUCUAUCUUCGCCAUUUCUUUCUCUCGUCUCCUAGUUUUAACUGCAAUGCCUUUCAUGGGCCCAUCCCAAGUUCCCGUUUUGCUUCCUUCCAGAUCCAUUUACUGCUUUCUGAGGUUUGCUUAACACAAUAUCUGUACACUUCAUUAACUUAUUGGAGAUUGUGUUUAUUCACUUUGUGGUUGUAGUUGCGGAUAGAAUUGAUUUUAUUUCAAUGUGCUGAUUGUCCGAUUAUGGAACUGUAGAUCUGAAUCUGUGUAUUAGUGUUGUGUUAAUUUUCCCUUUUGAAGAUGAUUUAAGAUUGAUCUUCACUUUUUUGGAGAUGAAUCACUGGGAAUUGGUAUUUGCUUCCAUCCAAAGUGUAGUUUUUUAGCUUUUCAAGCUUAUGGGUAUUCUUGAUCAGUGAUUAUCAGUUCCUGUCUUGUAAUAAAGUUCAGAUUUUUUUUUUUUAUGUAAAUGUGGGAGUGGUAAGAAUUUUCAGGGGAUCUGCUAUUUCCAGAUUCUCUUUUUCUUUUUUUCCCUUUUUUUUUUUGGAGGGGGGGUGGGGUGGUGGUGUUUCUUGGUCCUUGACAGUUGGAAAUUUAAGGUGGCAAGAAAGAUGUCAUUCCGUAGCAUACUUCAGGACAUGAGGGGUGAGUUUGGGAGCAUGUCUAGGAAGGGGUUCGAUAUUAAAUUUGGUUACGGGAUGCGAUCGAGGUCCCACAGGGUGGUUCAGGAUAGCUCUUUCAUGCCUGUUGAUGCAUUUAAGCAGAGCUGUUGGGCUAACAUGCCGCCUGAGCUUUUGAGGGAUGUGCUAAUAAGAAUUGAGGCAUCUGAGACUACCUGGCCAUCCCUGAAGAAUGUGGUUGCUUGUGCUGGUGUCUGUAGAAAUUGGAGAGAGAUCAUGAAAGAAAUUGUGAAAACUCUGGAAGAUUCAGGCAAAUUGACAUUCCCAAUCUCCUUGAAACAGCCUGGUCCGAGGGACUCUCUUCUUCAGUGCUACAUCAAACGGAAUCGUAGCAACCAAACUUAUUAUCUUUACCUUGGCUUAAAUCAAGCGUCAAAUGAUGAUGGUAAGUUUCUUCUUGCUGCACGAAGGUGCAGAAGGCCUACUUGCACAGAUUACAUUAUAUCUUUAAACUUUGGUGAUGUGUCCAGAGGAAGCAGCACUUACAUUGGAAAGUUGAGAUCCAAUUUUCUGGGAACCAAGUUCACAAUCUAUGAUGCACAGCCUCCAAAUUCUGGAGCCAAAGUUGCUAAAUGUCGCUCCACCAGGAUAGUUAACAUGAAACAGGUCUCCCCCAGGGUCCCUGCAGGGAACUGUCCUGUGGCCCAUGUCUCGUAUGAGCUGAAUGUCUUAGGUUCAAGAGGUCCAAGGAGAAUGCAAUGCGUUAUGGAUGCCAUCCCUGUCUCUUCUAUUGAACCUGGUGGAGUGGCCCCUACGCAGACUGAAUUUCUGCAUACCAAGUUGGAUUCCUUUCCAUCACUUCCCUUUUUCAGAUCAAAAUCCACCCGAACAGAGAAUUUCCAAUCUGGUCCUUUGGCUGGCUACAAGGAUGAAAUGCUAGUGUUAAGGAACAAGGCACCCAGGUGGCAUGAACAACUCCAGUGUUGGUGUCUGAACUUCAAUGGACGGGUGACUGUUGCUUCAGUUAAGAACUUUCAGCUGGUUGCUUCUGCAGAGAAUGGAGUUGGCAGGCAAGAGCAUGAGAACGUAGUACUUCAGUUUGGAAAAGUGGGAAAGGAUGUGUUCACUAUGGAUUAUCAAUAUCCUAUCUCUGCUUUCCAGGCAUUUGCUAUAUGCCUUAGCAGCUUUGACACCAAGAUCGCUUGUGAAUGACAGACAAGCAGGAGCAUUUGUUGGCUUGUAGCUGUAUGGCAUGGGAGCAUUCUGCAACAAAGUUUCUGACUAGUUCAAUCUGUUUCCUUCUAAUUGCCCUGUGAAGAGUUAGGAUUUUUAUUUUUUGAAUUAUUUCUGUACAUAUUAACUGUUUGCAUUAUGAGCCAAAUGUGCUCCAAUCUGUAGUUUGUGCUGUGGCUGACAAACAUCAUCACUUGGUUCAUUGUGUUGGAUACUUGACACCUUAACAGGGAGUUGUUUGAGAGUUCACGCGUAGUUUUCCUAGUCGAAGGCUACUGUUGCUUCAGAUGUUGUAUUCCUACUUAUUGUGUAGCUUAAGAAAUGCUUCCCUUGUUGAACAACUAGAAACUUAGGAUUUGCUAAUUUUGUGUGCUUGCCAAAAUUAUGUGUACAUGUCUGUAUUACCGCUGGCACUGCAGAAAUCAUGGUAGAAUUAUAGCGCAAAACAACUAUAGAUAUGAUGCAGAUUCAUUUAUUCUCACAUUGACAUUGUGCUUUGGCACUGGAUGCCCCAAAAUCUUUGCCUUAUGUUGGGGGUGGGAUGUGGGAUCAGACUAGGCAAGUAAAUCUAUUGCCCCCCAAAGGAAUAUGCUGUGAAAAUUUUUUAUGCAUGCGGAAGCAAGGGGCUGAUUUUACUGAGAAAUAGUACAUCCGAAUGACCAUGUGAACUUGGCAUGUUGAAAUGGAUGUGUUUUCUCCUUCAAAUCUGAGAAAUGAGGAGGACUUGUCCAUGUCAAAUAAAAUAAAUGAAAGGAACGAAAACGUGCUUAUCCCAUCAAAUUAGAAAUAUAUGUUCUGUAAACCACCUGUAAAAUUGAUUCAGUUGCUGAUUGGUAUAAAAUAUUAAUAUCAAUAAACAAGAUGUUCAUACAUUCAAAGCCCUGUCUGAAGUGGAGCAGAGACCUUCAAAGUAGGGAUGAUAAUGUGUUGGAUAAAAACACUAAUUAAAUUCAAAUUCAGAUAGAGUGAUAUUCAAGAUAUUCUAUAAAUUGCUAUCCCUACUCCAAAUCAGUGUGGUCAUAAGCAUCCUAAAUAAUUGACCAUGAUUUAAAGCUAUAGGGUAAACAACAAUUUAAGAAAUUAUAAGAGAAGAACAGAAAUGAAAGAGCUUCUGAGCAAGUUUACAGAGAAGGAAACCGUUAUUCCAUGACUGAAUGGAUCAGCAGAGGAUCAGAAUAGUGGGGGUGGGGGUCCACCAGGACCAGGUGGACCAUAUGGACCGCGAGGUCCACCAAAGCAAUCCUGUAUCAACCAACAACAGCACAAGCAGUAGAAC